AUGAUCGUGCGCCUAUUCAUUUUUCGAGGGCUCCUUCCACUACAGCUGCGACGGAUCCUUCCACUACAGCUGCGACUGAUCCUUCCACUACAGUUGCGACUGAUCCUUCCACUACAGCUGCGACGGAUCCUUCUACUACAGCUGCGACGGAUCCUUCCACUACAGCUGCGACUGAUCCUUCCACUACAGUUGCGACAGAUCCUUCCACUACAGCUGCGACGGAUCCUUCCACUACAGUUGCGACGGAUCCUUCCACUACAGUUGCGACUGAUCCUUCCACUACCGUUGCGACUGAUCCUUCCACUACAGUUGCGACUGAUCCUUCCACUACAGCUGCGACUGAUCCUUCCACUACAGUUGCGACGGAUCCUUCCACUACAGUUGCGACUGAUCCUUCCACUACAGUUGCGACUGAUCCUUCCACUACAGUUGCGACUGAUCCCUCCACUACAGCUGCGACUGAUCCUUCCACUACAGUUGCGACGGAUCCUUCCACUACAGUUGCGACUGAUCCUUCCACUACAGUUGCGACUGAUCCUUCCACUACAGUUGCGACUGAUCCUUCCACUACAGUUGCGACUGAUCCUUCCACUACAGUUGCGACUGAUCCUUCCACUACAGUUGCGACUGAUCCUUCCACUACAGUUGCGACAGAUCCUUCCACUACAGUUGCGACUGAUCCUUCCACUACAGCUGCAACCACUACCUCUAAAUCAUCGUCUGGUUAUGAAUCCGACUAUAAUAUUAGAGUUGCCGUACCUAUAUACGAUCAUCUCAGAUAUCAUUCCCGUCAUGAAAAGGGCCUAAUCCGUCCAUAUAUAACUAGACCAUCUGCUUAUUAUUCGCGGGAAACAUAUGAACACAGCUACUCAGACGAAGCCCCUCCCUAUAAUAAGAAUG